UAAACGGUGGUUCCACAGGAGGAAAGCACGCCCAGUCACAUUAAAGAAGCCAAACUGUCUGCUUCAAAGAGAAAAGGCAACAUCCUGUCACAAGCCAUGCUCUGGCAAAAAUCCACAGCUUCAGAGCAAGCUCCUGCCCCUCCACGGCCAUACCAGGGCGUUCGAGUCAAGGAGCCGGUGAAGGAGCUACUGAGAAGAAAGCGUGGCCAUACCAGUGUUGGGACAGCUGGUCCACCAGCUGCGGUGGUACUGCCCCACCAGCCCCUGGCAACCUACAGCACAGUGGGUCCUUCCUGCCUUGACAUGGAGGUUUCUGCUCCCACAGUGACAGAGGAGGGGACAUUAUGUGCUGGCUGGCUCUCCCAACCUGCCCCGGCCACUCUUCAACCCUUGGCUCCAUGGACGCCCUACACGGAGUAUGUGUCCCAUGAAGCUGUCAGCUGCCCUUACUCCGCUGACAUGUAUGUGCAGCCUGUGUGCCCCAGCUAUACAGUGGUGGGACCCUCCUCGGUAUUGACCUAUGCCUCCCCACCACUCAUCACUAACGUCACGCCAAGAAGCACGGCUACACCCGCAGUGGGGCCGCAGCUGGAGGGCCCAGAGCACCAGGCGCCCCUUACCUAUUUCCCGUGGCCUCAGCCCCUUUCCACACUGCCCACCUCCAGUCUGCAGUAUCAACCUCCAGCCCCAACCCUGUCUGGGCCCCAGUUUGUCCAGCUCCCCAUUUCUAUCCCAGAGCCAGUCCUUCAGGACAUGGAUGACCCCAGAAGGGCCAUCAGCUCUCUGACCAUUGACAAGCUUCUUCUGGAGGAAGAGGAGAGCAACGCUUACGAGCUCAACCACACCCUCUCCGUGGAGGGCUUCUAGGGUUGGCUUGCAUCUAAUAGCCCUUUCACCCAAAACUGAGAUUUAAAAGGAGCCCAGAUGGAGCCCAGAAGUAGCUAUUCCAUAGGCUCCCUUUCUUCCUAAAGCUAAAUUGUAUUCCUUCUUUUCUCCCUUCUUCCUUCUCUCCACUUCCUUCCACCAAGUCCCAUUUCACUUCUUUCUUAUUUCUCCUUUCAGUUUUCUUCCUCUGGAGCAGCAAACUAUAGUGAUAUUAUGAACAAUACUUUAUACUGAAUGUCACCAAGUCGUGCAGCUCAGGGUUUUCCUUUCGAGUCACAUCACUAGGGAAGCGUCCUUCUCUCAGGUGCCCUCUGCUUCCUGGUGGCAGUAGCUUUAGAAAUCUACUCUAUGACCAUUUGCCCUUUCUGCCAUUCUGAAAUGCAUUUCAGUUUUGUUUUGUGUGCCAUGCUCAGCCUUGGCCAGAUGUGCUAUAUAAGUAGAUGUUUCUGGUGUGGCUAGAGGGGAUGGGACAGGACCAUCAGGGUAGGUAGUGGCAGUCAGUGAAUGAUGGACGACAGGGAUGAGGAGGAGCAGGACACGGACCUGUGUCUGUGGUUAGAGAGGGAGUUGGGGUGGGGGAAGGCUGAGGAGUGACCUAACAAUCAGCUUUGAAAAAAAUAUCACUUUAAUGCAAUUUAGGGGUUCGUGAUGGUGAUUAUGAGCUGGCUAGGGAUCAAUGAUGAGUCAGGCCCUCUAAUGUGAUGCCAGCACUUCAAAUACUUUUUGUCAGCAUAUUGUCAUAGCAACAGGAAAAGGAACAGGUGAAGCCUAUCAGUGAGGAGGCUCUCACUUAGUCCUUCCACGUGGGCUUUUGCUUCCUGUUGUGACUCACCCAGGGCCAUCUUGAUACACUGCCAUGGCGUCUUCCGCCCACUCACUGUCUGUCUCUGGGGUCCUGGAGUCCUGGUUGGCAGGCCUACCAGCCUUAAUUUUCACUUUUCUUUAGUUUUUGGUGGAGAAGCAUAACAUUUUCUGUUGAGUGAUUGCUGUCUUGGGGUGCUCUGCUCCUGAGGUGGAUGUGUGUGUCUUUGGGAACUGGCCCACGAUUACUAAUGAUGUAUGUCACCAUUACAUACACACAAGCUUAGUCUAUAGAAUCCAUGUAGAAUAACAGACGUUCUAGAAAAUGACAGUUUCUUUGAUAUCCCACCCCCUUUGCUUCCAUUUUUAAUGAAAACUUAGAGUUACCUGUCUUUUUUCUUUCUUCUGCUUUGUGUUUAUUUUAAUUCAGACAUUUCACCAUCUACCUAAAAUCCUGCGUAUCUUGAAUUUCCUGUUAUUCCUCUUUAAUACUUGGAUUGAAUGUUACAUCUGGAUGGUGGGUUUACACUUCUAUUGGUGGUUACUAUGAACAAGAAAGGGAGCAGGAAGCCUCGGCUUAUUUCAUUAAGACCCUGUUGCACUUAAAAACACUAUUUAAGAUUUUCCAGCUACUUUGGGAGUUUGAGAUAAUGCAGGGGUGGCAAUCACAGAGGAGAUAAUGCUGGGAAAACAAACCAAAACAGCAAAGAAAGUAGUGUGAGUGUUUGCUAGGAUUGAAUUGGUACCUUGAAACCUCAAGUCUUGGCUGCAGGUGUCCAUCCAGAUUUCCUCCUGAGUUUUUCUACUCCUAUGCAACAUUUUCAAUAAAGAUUUGUCGAUG